UAGUCUCCUUGUUUUUCCAGACAUCGUUUCUCUGUGUAGUCCUUCCUAGCUGUCCUGGUCACUUCGUAGGCCAGGCUGCCUUUGAACUCAAAGACUCACUAACCUCUUCCUCUGAGUACUAGGAUUAAAGGCAAGCGCCACCACGACCGACUGUUAACAGUUUUAAGGAAAACAGCUAUGUGUGCGGAACUGACCCUGUUGAAUUCUCGGUGGUGACAGCAACUGGUUCCCAGCCUCCUGAAGCUGGAGGCAGGGUCCCUCAGAUCACGUCUCCCAAACAAGUCUCCAGGGCUCAAAGAGAGAUGGGGAGGAGCAGGGGCGAGGGUGAAAAGUGAGCAAGCGGCCGCGACCGCGACCGAGCAGCAGCCAGCAAAUAGCUGUUUGCUUGCUGUCCCGCCAUAGUUCCCUGCCUUUAGGUGCAGGAUCCGAGACUGAACUCUUUGUCCCCAGUCCACAGAAGGAACGUGUCAGGCCAGCACGUCCGCUCUCCUUCUUGCCAGGACUCCGCCCCUAGGCGUUCAAUUCCGAGCAACGGGAACCAUGACUCAGCGAAAACAGACCUCGGGACCGUGACUCAGCAUCACGCAGCCCCGGACCUUGACUCAGCAGAAAAGGCUCGACUUCGGCUUCCUGGUGGAUUGCUUUUUACCAGAGCAACUGUUCUUUUUUAACAAUUGUUAAUUAAACCCUGGCCUCACACGUGCUAGGCACAUACGCCGCCAUCCAGCCGCACUGACAGCCCCAGACUUUAUUAAUUAGGCUUCCUGGCCGGAAAUAAAGCAACGACAACAAAUGGAGCUUUGCAAGAAGCGGGACUUUAACCCCAGCACUCAGAAGGAAGAGGACCUAGGUUCGAGUCCCAGCACACUCAUGUCAGUUUACAAACAUCUGUAACUCCAGUUCUUGGAGAUCUAAUAUCCUCUUUUAGCCUCCUUGGAAAUCAGGUACUAGUGUGGUACACAGACAUACAUGUAAGUAAAACCCCGAACACCUAAGAUAAAACAAUUAAAAGAAAAGACUCCUUAGGGUCUUUCUCUGGAUUUGGGGAAGAUCUAAUGUUUGUAUCCACUAUGAUAACACUAAGUCUGCUUUGGGGCACAUGAGGAAGGGAGGGCUCAGAGUUUUUGUGGGGCUUAUUGUCUUCAAUUCAAAACAAUCCUAUGCUAACACAGAAUAUAUCAGGACAACAUUGUAACCACCUGCAAUGAAAAAGAGUUGUAUUCACUCUCAAGAUCAGUAGCACAUAGGGGUCAUCCAUCUUCUCUUUUUUUUUCUUUCUUUUUUUUUCUUUCUUUCUUUUUUUUUUUUUUUUAGUGUAGAAUAGAGUUUAUUCAGGGUAUGGGGAGGGGAGUAGUCAAGAGGGUAGAAGAAGGGGGGGGGGAAGGGAAGGGAAGGGAAGAGAAGAGAAAUAGAGAAAUAGAGGCCAGACAUGAGCCUGGGCGGGGGAGGGCGAGGGGACAGAGCAGGAACAGGAAGGGAAGAGCAAGAGUUUUUUUUGUUUGUUUGUUUUUUAAAGAUUGUAUUUAUUUUAUCCAUAUGAGUACACUGUCACUGUCUUCAGACACACCGGAAGAGGGCAUCAGAUCUCAUUACAGAUGGUUGUGAGCUACCAUGUGGUUGCUGGGAAUUGAACUCAGGACCUCUGGAGGAGGAGUCAGUGCUCUUAACCACUGAGCCAUCUCUCUAGCCCCAUCUUUUCCUUGCUUUUCUCUCUCUCUCUUUCUUUCUUUCUUUCUUUCUUUCUUUCUUUCUUUCUUACCAUGUUUGUAGACCAGGCUGGCCCCAAACUCCCAGAGAUCCACCUGCCUCUGCCUCCCGACAGCUGAGAUUGAGAUUAAAGCCGUGUGCCCGGCAUCAUCUUCUUUAAUUAAGCCUUUCUAUAAGUGAGGACUAAUCUCACUGUGCUCUGAGUGUGCGUUUCACAGUGUCCUUUCCCGUUCUAGUGGGUGUACGGGUGGUGAACUUUAUGUCUUUGGCGACUUGGAGGCUCUUCCUGCUUACAUCUCCCAAGUGCUGGUUUACAAACAUGCACCUACGGGAGUCUCUGGGCAAACGUGUUCUAGGGGAGGCUAGCGAAGGCUGAGGGUGAGAGUCUUCCCGGUUCAGGGCUGGAGUGCACGCCUUUGAGUCGGGCACAUUUGGUGUGGAGGAGCAAAUGGAGCGGAGGACGGGGCCAGGGGUGCCCGGAUAAAGGGGCUUUACCUGAGGAGCAGCCAGGAGCAGUUGAAAGAUGUUGACGGGGGGGGGGGGGGGGGGCCGCAGCUGCCACUGUUACUGUCCUCUGAAGUUAGGCAGGAGGAAGAGAAAAUGGGGAUGAGGAGGGGCUCCACCUCUCUCAUUCAGCUGUCCUGCUGCUGUUUGUGGGAGAGGUUGCCGUGGGACUACCAGGGGCAGUUGUCAUUUGUGAGGUCUUUCUGCUUGGGGCAGUUGUUUUAUUAGGAAUUUUCCUUUUCUGCCCUACAUGUAUGGCGGCACAGAUCUGUCUGCCUGUAAGGGUUCUACCUUACUCGUGGAUGCUUCUGUCCUUGGGAUUCCGUGUCUUUGUAUCAGCUAUUGGGUGCUUCCUGUGCUUUGACUGUCUGCCCUGUUGAUACACUGUAUAUGUAGGCUGCAAAGCCCCACUUCCAGGGCUAGGGACUUGUCUCCGUCCUAGUCUAUCUCAGGCAUAGCGUAGUCAGUCUGCUUGCCGCCUAUGAGGAUCCCUGCCUGAAGACACCCACACAAAUUCCCUUACUGUCAUCUAACUGGGACAAAAGACACAAAGAGCUCCUUCCCCCGCCGCCCAGGGUUCCAGCCCCCACCAUAUCCGGACUUUGUUUUACCACAGAGUCUGGAAUGCUGAGUUGUGAUUUCCUCACUGCCCUGAAGCUGAUUUUAUGCUGUGUCAUGGUUGGGAGGGGUGACGAGCAGACAGAGCGGAAGGCGGAUUUUGCUGAGUCACGCUCUGCUUCUUCUGCCUCUGUGAAUAGUUGGUAAAAGGGGACGGCUUUAACCUCGGGCAGAAGGAAAUGAAAGCUCUAGAAAGGCACAGAAGCUUCUUGUUUGGUUUUAAAUGGUUUGCAAAGCCCUAUCUGAAACACUUUAAACUGGUAAACACACACACACACACACACACACACACACACACACACACAGAGUUGCUGCUGUUCUCCCCCCACCACUACCACCACCAUGACUCUCAGUUACAGAAGCUGGCAAUUCUAUCUGUUUAAUGGAAAGCAUUGGAGUUAUGGCUGACUCCUCUCUUAGGUCUGUCCUAUUCUGAAAUAUACCAUGGGGCCCUGAGAGAUGGGCUGGGGGGGGCACUUUCUAGUUUUGUGAGGUUACCUGUGCAUCUCAGCUUGUGGCUGUGUCCCCCAUCUUUAGAGGAGGCAGGGUAGCGAUCUUCUAGUCCUCUUCUGCCCCUCUCCUUUCUCAUCCAUCAACUGUGUCUGAACCCAUCAUGCACUUUGUGAUGAUCUUGGAUCCUGAGGGACGGUCUAGGACUCCGUCACAUCUGCAGAACCCUCUGACCACCCUCAGAAGCUCUGUCUGGUCCUGAUGUCAGGGUGUGGUGGGAUAUUCAGUCAACCACUGCGGGAGGAAGAAGGGCACGGAUUGGGGUCUUUCUGAUGCAGGAGGCAAGGAAGUCCAGAAGUCAAGUCAGUCUGUGCUCAGGGGCGGGGACGGAGGCUGAGAAGGGACCAGAACAGCCAGGUAUGGCUACUUCAGUCCCCGAAUCCUGUGUGGUUUAUCUUCUAGCUACAUCCGGGGAUCGCAGAGAACAAGCUAGGCACCAGGAGUCAGAAACUCAGGCUCAGCAAGUGUGUCUCUGUGCAGCCUGCGUCAGUGUCUCAGUCUUUGGGUGCCCCAGCUCUCCAUGUGAAAAGGGGGAUUCAUGUUGUGUGGAGUCAUUUUCUGGGGUCCUUGAAUGACAGGCUCUAGAUCUACAGACGUCUCAUUAUCCCCCUAAAGUCCUGGACCCUCUCUGAAGGAGCUUGGGAUAGGGUGACUGGGGAGGUCUGACUUUCUAUUACCAGGACUAGAAUUCCGUUCUGCCGUCAAUAUUGCUGCGUGAGAAGAAAAUUCCUUGGCUUCCCUAUUCCUCACUAGAAUCAAGCAGACAGAACAGAGAUGUCAGUGGCGGUUGUACAGAACCUGUGGGCUGCCAUCAGGGUAGGAGAGCCUUGGCACACAGCGGGUGUUCCACAAAGGUUGGCUGGCUUCACACUGUUCCAUCACAGCUUGGUUUCAGCCCCUUUCUGUCACCUCAGUGGCGUGAAAGCCAAACAGCUGCACCCCCAUUCCCACGGGGAGCCCUGGUGCAGCCACUCAUUCUGGCAGUAACUGCUGCUGCCCGCCCGGCACAGGUCCAGCCCAGGGGAUGUAUAAAGCAAAGGGCACAGUGUCCCUGCCCACCUGCUUUCCGGGUCACCCCGGGGAAGACGGUCCUUUCCAGAAGAACUAGAAAAGCACCUGCUUGUUGGCAGUGGUGAUAGCCUCUUUUCUUACCCGCACCAUUCGAAGGCAGAAGAUAUGCCACUUGCUUUCCAAGGAAUGCGAAAGUCCUCUUGUUACAGUGAAUUCUGUACACCCUUAUCUUAAGCCUCAGUUUCCUGGUUUGUAAAGCCAGCUACUCCCUGUAUGUCUUUGGUGGAGUUCCUGAGAGUGUGGGAUGAGUUGUGCAUGCAGGGGGCAGGGGGUCCUUCAGUCACUGUGAGUUGCGAUUCUGUUGUCACUGAUUCCAGUGACAGAGGGAUGGCAGCUCUCUUUACCAAGUGACACAGAUUCUUGGGUAUAUGCAGGUGAGAGUUUGCAUUCUCCUCUGUGGGGAAUCAACCCUUGAUGGGCAGUUUGCUGACCACCGUUUUCCUUUUCUCAGAGCCAAGGACUUACAACCACCAUUUCUUUUUUUUUUUUUCUUUUUUUUUUUUUUUUCAGAGCUGGGGUACAACCACCAUUUCUAAAUGUUAGCCUUUAAAACAGAAGGAGAGCCAGUCAUGGUGGCUCAGGCCUUUAAUCCCAGCACUUGAGAGGAGAAGGCAGGCAGAUCUCUGAGUUUGAGGCUAGCCUGGUCUACAAAGUGAGUUCCAGGACAUUCAGAGCUACAUGGAGAAACCAUGUCUGGGGGAGGGGGCUGCGGGGAGAAAAUAUGAUGUCCAAAAUUAACCUGUAAGUCGCAACAACAAAGCCUCACGGGAAAGUACGGGGUCCUAUAGGUUUGUCCUUAUAAUCCCCUGCAACAUGCGGCUCAAGGCCAUUUUCAACUGGGAAAUUCUAGAGAAUAUACCUGGCCAAAGUCCAUUACUUUGUUAGUAUUUAAUAUUUAAAGCUUGCUUCUAAUUUCCAAAAUGUUAGAGUUGGUUUUUCUGGAGAAUCUCAGGAUUAACAAAACAAAGACACAAAAAGUGAAGUCCUUGUUGAGAUCAAAAGUCACUUUAGAGUAGGAGAGAUGGCCGGGUGGUUCACAGUACUUGCUGCCCUUACAGAGGACCUGAAUUCAGUUCCCUACAUGGGCAGCUCACUACCCCCUGUGACUCCCAGUCAUGGGGGACCCAAUGCCCUCUUCUUUCUUCUCAGGCAUCUAUAUGCACGUGGCAUGAAUACAUACAUACAUUUACUUGGGUCUACAGACACACAUAAAAUAAAUAAUAUGUUUUCGUUGUUGUUGUCUUUUCCAGACAGGGUUUCUCUGUGUAGCCUUGGCUGUCCUGGAACUCCCUCUGUAGACCAAGCUGGCCUCAAACUCACAGAGAUGUGCCAGCCUCUGCCUCCUGGGUGCUAGGCUCAAAGGCCUGCCUGUACCAUCACUACCUGGAAAACAGUAAAUACUUUUUAAAGAGGUAUUUUAAGAAGUAAAUACUUUUAACAAUAACAAAAAAGGACAACUAGAACUACGGAGGCUUUGAAGAACCACCCAGCAUGUUUGUGUAUUCUCUGUCCUGUACCAAAGGUCCAGCUCGCCAGGAAUUCGGAGGGUAAUUGUCCAAGUCCUCCCCUCUGAGCUUCGGUGGGUUAUCUGCCGUUAUAGAUGUGUCAGAGCCAUGUGUCCUGACUUCAGUCUCCGGUACUCAGGCACCAGGAAGUCACAGUGUGGCCCAGGUUCUAGGAGAGCACCAAGGAGGCGCCAGAGGCCAGGCCGACCAGCCUCGGGGCGGGGUGUUGCAACAACAGCCAGAACGCCGGCUCAGCUGGGCGGCCACCACGUGACUCGAGUACUUAAAGGGCUGGCGCGGGCAGCUGCUCGCUCACAGUCGCCAGUCGCCUCCAGAGUUUCCGCCUCCAACCAGCGAGUGGAGCCUGCCGGAGCAGAGCCAUCUCGAGCGGAGCCCGGAGCCUGAAGCGAGCGGAGCCAGCCUGAACUAGCCCAGUCCCGCGAUGGAGCGCCCACAGCUCGACAGCAUGUCCCAGGAUUUGUCCGAGGCCUUGAAGGAGGCCACCAAGGAGGUGCACAUCCGUGCAGAGAAUUCUGAGUUCAUGAGGAACUUUCAGAAGGGUCAGGUGUCCAGGGAAGGCUUUAAGCUGGUGAUGGCCUCCUUGUACCAUAUCUAUACGGCCCUGGAAGAGGAGAUAGAGCGAAACAAGCAGAACCCAGUCUAUGCCCCACUCUACUUCCCUGAGGAGCUGCACCGAAGGGCUGCCCUAGAGCAGGACAUGGCCUUCUGGUAUGGGCCCCACUGGCAGGAGGCCAUCCCUUACACACCAGCCACACAGCACUACGUAAAGCGUCUCCACGAGGUGGGAGGUACUCAUCCUGAGCUGCUGGUGGCCCACGCAUAUACCCGCUACCUGGGUGACCUCUCAGGGGGUCAGGUCCUGAAGAAGAUUGCGCAGAAGGCCAUGGCCUUGCCAAGCUCUGGGGAAGGCCUGGCUUUUUUCACCUUCCCGAGCAUCGACAACCCCACCAAGUUCAAACAGCUCUAUCGUGCUCGCAUGAACACUCUGGAGAUGACCCCCGAGGUCAAGCACAGGGUGACAGAAGAGGCUAAGACCGCCUUCCUGCUCAACAUUGAGCUGUUUGAGGAGCUGCAGGCACUGCUGACAGAGGAACACAAAGACCAGAGUCCCUCACAGACAGAGUUUCUUCGCCAGAGGCCUGCUAGCCUGGUUCAAGAUACUACCUCUGCAGAGACGCCCCGAGGAAAAUCCCAGAUCAGCACUAGUUCAUCCCAGACACCGCUCCUGCGAUGGGUCCUCACACUCAGUUUCCUGUUGGCGACCGUGGCAGUGGGAAUUUAUGCCAUGUAAAUGCAGUGUUGGCCCCCAGAGGCUGUGAACUCUGUCUCAUGUAGCCUUCUCUCUGCAGGGGAGAAUCUUGCCUGGCUCUCUUUUCUUGGGCCUCUAAGAAAGCUUUUGGGGUUCCUCGCCCCCUUCCUGUGUCUUCCUUUGUCUCUCUGGAAUGGAAGGAGAUGCCUGGCACAUUUCCCUCACCAAAAGCACAGCCAGGGGCCUGAACUUGGAAACCAGCAGCCCCAAAUCCUGCAACAGAGCCCCAGAACUGUGGUCGGUAGAGGCGGCUGUUCUGAGCCCAGUGCCCUUGGUAGUCGGCGUCCAUGUUGACUGACCAUGACUGCUUUCCCCCAGCGUCAUGGCCACUUUGAUAUCAGUGUGCAGAGAUUUUCUGUCUUGUGUUUCUGUCUUGUUUUUGUUAUUUCCCCAGUUCUACCAGUGUAAUGGUAUUUUUUGUUGUAUCGAUUGUUUUUUUAUUCUAACCAAGUAGGGCUGUCUUUUGAGGGGUGGGUGGUAUUUAAUAAUUGUAACCUUGGUCUCUAACUUCUGUGUGAAAUAAUAAAUGGCAUUAUCUAAUAA